CUGGCGGCAGUCAUGGCGGAGGCGGCUUUGGAAGCCGUACGCAGGGAGUUACAGCGCUUCCCGGCCGCGGCGAGGGAGCUUGGCGUGCCUCCAACCGUGCCCUACCUGGAUGAGGCCCCAACGCCGCUGCACUUCUACCGGGACUGGGUCUGCCCCAGUAGGCCCUGCAUUGUGCGCAAUGCCCUGCGGCACUGGCCCGCCCUGCAGAAGUGGUCCCUCCCCUAUCUGAGGGCCACAGUGGGCGCCACGGAGGUGAGCGUGGCCGUGACCCCAGAUGGCUACGCCGAUGCCGUGCGCGAAGAUCGCUUCGUGAGGCCAGCUGAGCGCCUGCUGCCCCUUCGCGAUGUGCUGGACGUGCUAGAGGGCAGGGCCUGGCACCCCGGCGUGCUCUACGUGCAGAAGCAGUGCUCCAACCUGCUUACGGAGCUGCCCCAGCUGCUGCCCGACCUGGAGCCCCAUGUGCCCUGGGCCUCCGAGGCUCUGGGGAAGAUGCCUGAUGCAGUGAACUUCUGGCUAGGGGAGGCGGCCGCAGUGACGUCCUUGCACAAGGACCACUACGAGAACCUCUACUGUGUCCUCUCCGGAGAGAAACGUUUCCUGUUACACCCGCCCAGCGACCGACCCUUCAUCCCCUAUGAGCUGUACACCCCAGCAACCUACCGACUCACCGAGGCGGGCACCUUUGAGGUGGUGGAUGAAGAGGCCAUGGAGAAGGCCAAGUUGCCCGGGACCUGCCUGCUCACCAUUCGUGUGUUGCAGGCCCACAGCCUGCCUGCCAGGGACCUGGUGACCCACUCUGACUUCUAUGUGACCCUGUGGCUGCCCACGGCCUGCAGCCACAGGCUCCAGACGCGCACGGUCAAGAACUGCAGAAGCCCCGUCUGGAACCAGAGCUUCCACUUCCGGGUGCACAGCCAGAUCAAGAACGUGGUGGAGCUGAAAGUGUUUGACCAGGACCUGCUGACCAGCGAUGACCCCGUGCUGUCAGUGCUGUUUGACGCAGGCACUCUGCUGCCUGGGGAGUUCCGGCGCCAGAGCUUCUCGCUGAGCCCGCAGGGUGAGGAGCGGCUGGACGUUGAAUUCCGCCUGCGGAGUCUGACAGACUGUGUGGAGCAGCUCACCAGCAAUGGUGUCCUAGUGGCCCGGGAGCUUUCCCGCUUGCACCUGCGGCUGGAGGAGGCCGGGGACGAGAAGGAGUCACAGAGCAAAGUUCAGCUUGUGGUCCCUGGGUCCUAUGAGGGUCCUCAGGAGGCCUCCGUGGCCAACAACUCCUUCCAUUUCCACUUCCCCACCUGCUGGGAGCAGAAGCUAAGUAUCCACCUACAGAACGCCCCCCAGGAGCAACUGAAGGUGCCACUCAGGGCCCUGCCAUCAGGCCAGCUCGUGAAGCUGGUCUUCCCUACAUCCCAGGAGCCUCUGAUGAGGGUGGAGCUGAGAAAAGAAGACAGACCAGGGGAGCUGGCCGUGCGCCUGGGCUUCGAGCUGUGUGCCCAGGAGCAGGCCUUCCUGAGCAGGAGGAAGCAGGUGGUGGCCAAGGCCCUGCAGCAGGCCCUGCAGCUGGAGGGAGACCUACAGGAGGACGAGGUCCCAGUGGUGGCAAUCAUGGCUACCGGUGGAGGGGUCCGGGCAAUGACCUCCCUGUAUGGGCAGCUGGCCGGCCUCAGGGAGCUGGGCCUCUUGGACUGCAUCUCCUACAUCACGGGGGCUUCGGGCUCCACUUGGACCUUAGCGAACCUCUACAAGGAUCCGGAGUGGUCGCAGAAGGACCUGGGGGGGCCCACCGAACUGCUGAAGACGCAGGUGACCAAGAGCAAGCUGGGCGUGUUGGCCCCCAGCCAGCUGCAAUGGUACCACCAGGAGCUGGAGGAGCGCGCCCGCCUGGGACACCCGGCCUGCUUCACCAACCUCUGGGCCCUCAUCAACGAGGCCAUGCGACAUGACGGGCCUGAUGACCACAAGCUCUCGGAGCAGCGAGAGGCCCUGAGGCACGGCCAGAACCCUCUCCCCAUCUACUGUGCCCUCAACACCAAGGGGCAUGGCCUGUCCACCUUCGAAUUUGGAGAGUGGUGUGAGUUCUCCCCCUACGAGGUCGGCUUCCCCAAGUACGGCGCCUUCGUCCCCUCCGAGCUCUUCGGCUCCGAGUUCUUCAUGGGGCGGCUGAUGAAGAGGAUGCCUGAGUCCCGCAUCUGCUUCCUGGAAGGUAUCUGGACCAACCUAUAUGCCGCCAGUCUCCAGGACAGCUUAUACUGGUCCUCGGAGCCCAGCCAGUUCUGGGACCGCUGGGCUCAGACCCUGACCAGCUUGGACAAGGAGCAGGUCCCUGUGCUGAAGAUGGAAGAGCCACCCAGCCUGGCUGGGAGGAUCGCGGAGUUUUUCUCUGGCCUCCUGACGCGGCGCCCGCUUGCCCAGGCCACACACAACUUUCUGCGUGGUCUCCAGUUCCACAAAGACUAUUUCCAGCACCCUCACUUCUCCUCCUGGAAAGCCACCAAACUGGAUGGGCUCCCUAACCAGCUGACCCCUGGGGAGCCCCACCUGUGCCUGCUGGACGUAGGCUACUUCGUCAACACCAGCUGCCCGCCCCUCCUGCAGCCCACCCGGGACGUGGACCUCAUCCUAUCGCUGGACUACAACCUGCAUGCAGCCUUUCAGCAGCUGCAGCUGGUGGGCCGCAUGUGCCAAGAGCAAGGCAUCCCGUUCCCGCCCAUCUCUCCCAGCCCUGAGGAGGAGCGCCAGCCUCAGGAGUGCCACAAGUUCUCCGACCCUGGCCGGCCUGAGGCCCCGGUCAUCCUGCACUUCCCCCUGGUCAACGACUCCUUCCGGGACCACUCGGCCCCUGGGGUCCCCAGGACACCUGAGGAACAGGAGGCCGGGCGGGUGAACCUGUCUCCGUCUGACUCCCCCUACCACUACUCGAAAGUGACCUACAGCCGGGAGGACUUGGACAAACUGCUUGGCCUGGCCCACUACAACAUCUGCAACAACCGGGAGCAGCUGCUGACCGCCCUGCGCGAGGCUGUGCAGAGGAGGAGGCAGCGCCAACGGCCCGGCCCCGAGUGACACCACGAGGGACGGCACUGCAGCUCCGCCUGGCCACGCCUCGGCCUCAGAGAGCAUCCUCCAGUGCUCCAGGGCCUCUGAGGACCUGGGUGGCCCCAGCGGCACCCCUCCCAGCCUUGGGCGUAUGCCCUCGGUACCCCAGACGGGGCAGGAGCUGGCAGCACCUCACAGAGUGCCAUGUGCACUGUGAAUGGAAGCUGUAACUGAGGGAUGGACCGGAGGCUCCCAAGGGGGCCCUGCCACCGCUCAGCAGCUGCUCUGGUCCUGGGCUCUGGGCCCCUGGAGCAGGCCACAGUGGGCCUCUUCUUCAACCACUGGGAGAGGUGGGGUACAGAGGUGC